AUGUUUGCUGUUGCUUUUCUCAGCCUGUCUUUGAUGAUUUGUGGCCCUGGGGAGACCUUGCAGGAAAAAGUGAACAGGAGAGUCGGCCGGGCUGAUCACAGUCCCACCCCAGCGGCCGUUAACUGCCAGCUGAGCAGCUGGUCCGAGUGGACAGAGUGCUUUCCAUGCCAGAGCCAAAAGUACCGAUAUCGGAGCCUCCUGCAGCCAGACAAGUUUGGGGGAACCAUCUGCAGUGGUGACGUCUGGGAUAAAGUCAGCUGUCACAGUCCCACGACUUGUACAAAGCAAGCACAGUGCGGACAGGAUUUUCAGUGUAAGGAGACAGGUCGCUGCCUGAAACGUCACCUUUUGUGUAAUGGAGACAGAGACUGCCUUGAUGGCUCUGAUGAGGAUCAAUGUGAAGAUGUUAGGGUCAUUGACAAUGAAUGUAGCCUGUAUGUUCCAAUUCCAGGAUCACAGAGGGUCUCCUUGGGGUAUAACAUCCUGACCCGGGAAGAAGCUCAGAGUGUAUAUGAUGCCAGAUAUUUUGGGGGCCAAUGUGAGACAGUGUACAAUGGGGAAUGGAGGGAGCUUCGCUACGACCCUACCUGUGAGCGUCUCUACUAUGGAGAUGAUGAGAAGUAUUUUCGGAAACCCUACAACUUCUUGAAGUACCAGUUUGAAGCUCUAGCUGAUUCAGAAGUCUCCUCUGAAUACUACGAGGAUGUGAACAGCUUGCUUACUGACACCCAACAUGACUUUGCUCUGUCAGGGCGAGUGAGUGCGGGUGUGGGCCUUGUGAGCAUUCCACUAACUAUAGAAGGAGGUAUAUCUGGAUCAAUAGACUCUUCGUACGUGAAGAAGUUAAGCCAGUAUAAUGAGAAGAAAUACACCUUCAUCAGAAUUUUCACCAAGGUACAGACUGCUCAUUUUAAGAUGAGAAGGAAUGAUAUUGUACUGGAUGAAGGAAUGGUGGAAUCAUUAAUGGAGCUGCCAGAGCAAUACAAUUACGGCAUGUAUGCCAAGUUCAUCGACGACUACGGCACGCAUUACAUCACAUCUGGAUCAAUGGGCGGCAUUUAUGAAUACAUUCUGGUCAUUGACAAGCAGCGCAUGGAAUCAGCUAGGCUUACCAGUCAUGAUAUAAAGGGUUGCUUUGGAGGCUUCGUUGGCAUUGGCACUGUCUUUAAGGAUCUUAUACAAGUCGAACCAAAACUCUCAGGAGAAAGUUGUAAAAGAUUUGGAUUUGGAAAAGAUGUGUCAGAUAUGAAGAGCAUGGGAGUAGAAGAUGUCAUUUCUCUGGUCCAAGGUGGCGCUUCUGGCUGGAGUGGUGCCUUGACACAAAACAGCAGCAUCAUUACAUACCGCUUCUGGGGGAGGUCAUUAAAGUAUAAUCCUAUUGUUAUUGAUUUUGAGGUGCAGCCCAUCUAUGAGUUGCUGCGGCGCACGAACUUAGGUCCUCUAGAAGCCAAAUCUCAGAACCUGCGCCGAGCCCUCGAGCAGUACCUGAUGGAAUUUGAUGCCUGCCGCUGUGGACCCUGCUUCAACAACGGGGUGCCCAUCCUCAAAGACAAGAGCUGCAAGUGUCAGUGCCCCGCAGGUCGUCAAGGCCCUGCCUGUGAGAAAAUGGUGCAGGAGGGAGCCAAGGCAGAUGGUCGCUGGAGCUGCUGGAGCUCUUGGUCUGCAUGCAGCGCAGGCACUCAGGAAAGGAGGAGGGAGUGUAAUAACCCUGCACCAAAGAACGGAGGAGCCACUUGUCCAGGGAAGAAAACGCAGACCCAGGCUUGCUGA